AUGAUGAUGGUGGCAUGGCUCGUGUGGCUGGCAGCCGUGUGGGGCAUUCCUUUGGCUGGUUGUGCGAAUGUCGUGUAUUACCAGCGAAUGGACGGAGCUGGACCGACCGAUGUCAUGGCCCGAUUCACCGACUCGCAAGCGACAAUCGUCGCCGGGUCCAGCGCGUGGAACAAGAUUUUGGGAAUGGCCGUGCAUGACGAGAACGCAAAGCUGUACUGGUCAGACGGGCAUGUCAUUUGGCGCAGCAACGUCGAUGGCACGAGCAGAGAGGUCUUUCUGGGGGCAGUCGCCCGCGUGACAUGGAAAGGAUACAACUUUGGGGCAGUGGGGACGCCCGUCGCCCUCACAGUGCUGACGCAACGAUGCUUGAGCAUUGUGUCGAGGACGCCGACGGAGGUGACGUGUGAGAUGCGAGUCAAUUCUGCGCUGGCCGCCGCCGCGACUCCAAUUAAAGCCGCCAGUGUCUCGAUCGAGACGGAGUUUGGGCAUGCGAGAGGAACAACGGAUGGGGCGGACGACCUCUUUGCGUCCAAAGCAUUCACAAAGCCUCUGGUCCAGUCGGUGUCGAUUCAAGUGACGUAUCCAUCGCCACACGAGCUCGCCAUCGACAACGUCGACGCGAACGCGGCAUGGCUCUACUUUGCCGACCCGGACCACGGGACGAUUUACCAGACACACGUCCAUGACAGCCGGGUCCGCGUGGUUGCUGCACGAGAAUGGAGCGUCCGGGGGCUGUCCAUCUUCGGGUCGAUCUUGCGAUAUUCAGUCGAGUCGAAAGGCACGGUAUUCGCUCUCGACAUGGCCAACGCGACCGCCGCUCCGAUUCCGAUCGUGGUCAAGCUGACGUCCCCACGAGGCAUCGCGCUCGAUCACAUUCACGCAAUGCUGUACGUGGUCGAGCGAGGCGGGAAGAUUUACCGCGCUCAAGCAGACGGCAUGCGAUUCCCCAACCGCCAGCGGGACAUGGUACAGGUCGAGCGCGUUCUUGGCCUCAGCACAUUCACGCGCCUCCAUGGUGUCGCUGUCGAUGUUGCGAACGGAGUUCUCUACUGGACGGAAUGCGGGACAAACGUCGUCGGUCGCACGCUAUUGAGCUCGAUGGAGCGGCAAGUGGUGGCUGGCCGUCCCAAUUCUGUCGUCAACUGGCCGCGUCACGUCCAUGUUUCACGUCAAAGUGGCAACGUGUUUUUUUCCGAGUACGGAGGUCGCAUUUGGACUGGCGACGCGACAGCGCCGUUCACUGCCGUUGUAAACGAUGCGUCCGCGUCCAUGGUCGAGACCAACGCGAUGGACCAUCGACCCGUCCACUUUUUCGCCCUCGACUAA